UCUCCGCGUCACAGCGCCGGCGGCGGCGGGGAGAUGCGGCUCCUGGCGCUGGCGGCGGCAGCGCUGCUGGCGCGGGCUCCGGCCCCGGAGGUCUGUGGGGCCCUCAAUGUCACCGUGUCCCCAGGGCCUGUGGUUGAUUACCUGGAGGGGGAAAAUGCCACUCUCCUCUGCCACGUCUCCCAGAAGAGGCGGAAGGACAGCUUGCUGGCCGUGCGCUGGUUCUUUGCGCGCUCUGACUCCCAGGAGGUCUUGAUGGUUAAGAUGACGAAGCUCAGGGUGGUGCAGUACUACGGGAACUUCAGCCGCAGUGCCAAUCGGCAGAGGCUGCGCCUGCUCGAGGAGCGGCGGGGGGCACUCUACAGGCUCUCCGUCUUGACCCUCCGGCCGGCGGAUCAAGGGCAUUAUGUCUGCAAAGUCCAGGAGAUCAGCAAGCACAGGAAUAAGUGGACGGCUUGGUCCAACGGCUCCUCAGCGACAGAAAUGAGAGUGAUUGCUCUCAAAGCUUCUGAAGAUUCAUCUUUUGAGAAAAAGAAGAAGACUUGGGCAGUUUUUGAAGAUCUCUACAUGUACGCCGCCCUCGUGUGCUGCCUCGGCAUCCUCAGCAUCCUGCUCUUCCUGCUGGCCAUCGUCUGGCAGUCUGUGUUUAGCAAGAGGAAAUCCAGAGUGAGACAUUAUUUGGUGAAAUGCCCUCAGAACAGCUCGGGGGAGACUGUCACCAGCGUGACCAGCUUGGCCCCACUGCAGCCCAAGAAGGGCAAGAGGCGGAAGGAGAAGGAGAAGGCUGACGUUCCUCCUGCAGUGCCUGCCAAAGCUCCGAUAGCCCCCACGUUUCACAAGCCGAAGCUGCUGAAACCGCAAAGGAAAGUCACCCUGCCAAAGAUAGCUGAGGAAAACUUGACCUACGCUGAGCUGGAGCUGAUCAAGCCCCACCAGACAGCCAAAGGCCUCCCCACCAGCACAGUGUAUGCCCAGAUCCUCUUCGAGGAGAACAAGCUGUAACGCCAGCUCCUCUCCUGUGGUUCUGUUCAGUACCUGCCACCCAGUGAUUCCCAGAACCUUGGAGACAAGGCCCUUAUUUCUGUAUUUUCACUUGUGCCUUCUGAGUGGUGAGGAGCCCCUUUCCAACGGCAUUCCGGGUGCCUUCACCAAGAGGUACGAGGCUGCUCCCCACGAAGGAACAGGGGCCACAGCCCUUGGACAAAUCUCCCAGGGCAAAGUGUUUCUGGGCCCGAGCCCUGUGGUGCCAGGACUGAUUCUGAGAGCGCCCAAGGAGAUUUUCUGCUGAGCCAAAUCCCUUCACCUUUUCUUCUUCUUUCCCUGGGUUUUACUUUUUAAAUAUCUUUUGUAAAUCGUAAUUUUACUCUUCUGCCCUUCCUGUAUCCAUGAUAGAAGCUCGUAGUGUACAGCUAGCGGAAGCGUCACUACAGGCCGCAGUGCAAGGUGGCGGACACGUGGCGACUGGUUUCCCAAGGACCAGCUGACGUUGCUAGGGCCCUGGACUGCGGCAGACUGCCAACUGCAAGCAGCCGCUUAUGGUGGGACGGCAUCUCUUGUUUUAAAUAGGUGCACUGACCCUGGAGAUUUAAGGACAGAGGGCAGACUGUGGGGAAGUCUGAGGUCUGUCUCUGAAUGCCACAUGCCUGGCUGCCCACCCAUGAUUCCCUGAGGCCUCAGAACAAGCAGAACACCCUUCUAGAGGGCUGCCAUCCCUUCGGCAGGGUGGACCUGUACUGAUGUAGACACAUUCUCCAAGAGUUCUUACUCUUUUCCAAAGGAGCAGAGCCCUUGGCCAGCCACUGACACCCUGGAGCAGCUGGCCCCUCACGGUGUGCAAGCUCAGGUGGCCCUGACCAAAUGGCCACUCUGUGAGAACCAAGUCUGCUGCCAGGACCCCUCAGGGCAGGAGAGUGGCAGGUGCAAGAAGAGGUGGGAAAAUGUCUUCUGGAGACCCUACUCAUGCCAAGUGCCUUGCCCGUCACAACCUUGCAUGUGAAUUCUGAUGGGCUUGGGUGGGGGCUGGGGACGUGGGGAAAGUGCUCUGCGGACCUGUAUGACAUCCCUGAAUCUCGGACUCACUGGAGCGGGAUUCAUUCUGGGAGAAUCAUCCUGUCACCUGUGUCGCUAAGGACAUUCCUUGAUGUGUGAGUGUGCUCUGGGUGGCUAUUUACUACACACUAUAGAAACUGUUUGGCUAUGUAAUGGACCAUGUAUGUAUGCAAAUUAACUAUUUUAAGCACAGCUUGGGGGUGAGUUGUAACCUUGUAUACAGCCACAUUACAUUGGUCUGCUUCCUUAUCCCCUAAUGGCCUCAGACUCCAUGUGUGUGUAAAGGUGACCUAACCUCUUAUAGAAUUACUGAGGGUAAAAUGGGAUGAGGAAUAUUGCCAGGUUUUGGAAACUACAGACUGCCACACAACUGCUUUGUGUUGAGGUUCAUGCUAAAGCCAGUCUGCACUUUCAAAAUGAAAGUUUCUGUGCUA